AUGGUCCUAAUUGCUGAAGGUUACAAAUUUGUAAUAACUGAGGAGUGCCCAGAAAAACGUGAUGAAGAUGCUACUGAUGAUCAAGUUAAGGCCUAUGACAAAUGGGUUAAGGCUGAUGAGAUGACACGAUCUAAGAAGACAGCCAUGAAAGCCCUUUUGAAUACCAAGAUGGCUGAAGGAUCAUCAAUUAGGGACCGUGUUCUGAAGAUGAUGGGUCUACUGAAUGAACUGGAGGUCCUUGAAGCACUGACUGAUAAGGAAUCUCAAGUUGAGAUGGUCGUGCAGACUCUUCCUGACACUCCGAUUGUGGAAAUGAAAGUUGAGAAAGCUUCGGUUUCUAAGCUGAGAGGCGAUAAGAAAAAGAAGAAGGCUCACAAGGUUUUGGCACCUGGAGGUGCAGCUGUUGGUGUGAAAAAGCCAAAAGGAAAGUGA